AUGCUGGGCUCCCUGGCGGCCCGCCCGCCGCCGCCGGGGCUGGCGAGGCUCCUCCGGGCGCGGCCGUGGCCGGCGGCCUCGCGGGGGGCCGGCGGAGCUCCGGCGGCCAGGCCCGGGCCUGUGGGACCGCCGUUCGUCCCGGCCGCGGCCGCCAGGGGCCGCCGCGAGCCCGCUGUGACGGGGAGCGCGGCGCUGCCCUGGCGGGGGGCGGCCGGCGGGGGGCGGCAGCGGCGGCAGGGCCCGGGGGGAGCCCCCUCGGCCCUUCUCGCCGGGGGGGUCCCGGCGGCUGAGGGGCGCCCCCCGGGCCCUGGAGGCCCCGGCGGGUACCGGAGCGGGGCCCACGGAGCUGCGGCGCCUGCGGGCCUGCUCGUCGCCGCGCUGGCUGCCUGCUACGCGAGGGACCGAGCGACCAAGGAAGAUGCUCUGCUGGAAGCUGCGAGGUUCAACAACGUUUCCGAAGUCAACAGGUUAUUGCUGGAAGGCACGGACGUCAACGCGAGGCACAGGCUUGGCUGGACUGCUCUCAUGGUGGCGGCUAUCAACAGAAAUUCCAGCAUGGUGAAGAUCCUGCUUGCAGCUAAUGCAGAUCCAAACCUCGGAGAUGAAUUCAGCAGCGUGUAUGAGACUGCCAAGGAAAAAGGCCUCCAUUCUUUAGAAGUCCUUGUGACCCGGGAGGACGAAUUCAACAACCGCCUGAACAUCAGAGCCAGUUUCAGGGGCUGCACGGCUCUGCACUACGCAGUGCUCGCUGAUGACUACCUGACGGUCAAGCUGCUGCUGGAUGGAGGUGCCAACCCCCUGCAGAAGAACGAAAUGGGACACACGCCCCUGGAUUACGCCCGUGAAGGGGAGGUCAUGAACCUUUUGAGAGCAUCAGAGACGAAGUUCCAGGAGGAGCAGCGCCGCAGGGAGAUCGAGGAACGCCGGAGGUUUCCGCUGGAGCAGCGGCUGAAGGAGCACAUCAUCGGCCAGGAGAGCGCGAUAGCCACGGUGGGAGCAGCCAUUCGGAGGAAGGAAAAUGGCUGGUACGACGAGGAGCACCCGCUGGUCUUCCUUUUCUUGGGAUCAUCUGGAAUAGGAAAGACAGAGCUGGCCAAACAGACAGCCAAGUACAUACAUAAGGAUGUCAAAAAGGGUUUCAUCAGACUGGACAUGUCGGAGUUCCAGGAGAGGCAUGAGGUCGCCAAGUUCAUCGGCUCUCCGCCUGGCUACGUGGGCCAUGAAGAGGGCGGGCAGCUCACCAAAAAGCUGAGGCAGUGUCCAAACGCCGUGGUGCUCUUCGACGAGGUUGACAAAGCCCACCCAGACGUCCUCACCAUCAUGCUGCAGCUGUUCGACGAGGGCAGGCUGACAGAUGGCAAGGGGAAGACCAUCGACUGCAAGGAUGCCAUCUUUAUCAUGACCUCCAACGUGGCAAGCGAUGAGAUAGCCCAGCACGCCCUGCAGCUCAGGCAGGAGGCCAUGGAAAUAAGCAAGAAAAGGAUCGCAGAAAACUUAGAGGACGUGCAGGUGACCGACAGGAUAACCAUCUCCAAGCAGUUCAAGGAGAAGGUUAUUCGCCCCAUCUUAAAGGCUCACUUCAGGCGGGAUGAGUUCCUGGGGAGGAUCAACGAGAUCGUCUAUUUUCUCCCUUUCUGCCACUCGGAGCUCAUCCAGCUUGUCAACAAGGAGCUGAAUUUUUGGGCCAAAAAGGCCAAGGCGAGGCACAACAUCACCCUGCUUUGGGACAGGGAGGUCAUGGAUGUGCUGGCUGACGGCUACAACUUGCACUACGGUGCGCGGUCCAUCAAGCACGAGGUUGAACGGCGCGUUGUGAACCAGUUAGCAGCUGCUUACGAGCAGGACCUGCUGCCGAGGGGCUGCACCCUGAGAAUCACGGUGGAGGACUCGGACAAGCAGCUGCUGAAAACCAAAGACAGCUCUGCCCCCGGCGCAGAGAAAACAAAGAUGCCAACCCUGCGGUUGGAGAUAGUGGAGAAAGACAGCAAAUCCCGAAAACUGGACAUCCAGGCACCUCUGAACCCAGAAAACAUCACGUACUUCCUCUAGGCAGCGGCAGCCACUCCUGGAGCACGCUCCUCCUGAGCAGCCGCCUGCGGGACGCCGCCGGCUGUGCGGGCUGGCAAUAAAAUACCGUGAGACUCGCAGUGUGCGACGUGGCCGCAUCAGUGAGGGCAGGCAUCCGUCCGAGCAGAGCGUGAGGUGGGGCAAAGCUGCUCCUGCUGCCUCUGCUCCUGCUGCCUCUGCUCCUGCUGGAGCAGGACGCGGGCAGGCAGGACCCGCACCUUGAGGCGGGUGGCUCUGGGUGGGCACAGCCCACCCAGGCUCUGGCGAGGCGCUGUGCUGCCACGGGGGGACACGCGGGUGGAGGGCAGUGGGAUUUCACCGCAGAAACAGCUGGCGUAAGAGAGAAGGUGCUGGGGCUACUUAAGACAUGGGCAAGCAGAUUUCAGACUGUACGGGUGCUGGUAGGGCUUGUCGCUGCCUAAAGAUGGGAAUUGCUGCAGGGACUGGGUUUGCUGGGCUUGGACUGAUGCUGCACAGGGGUAGGACAGGGACUGAGUGUGUGACAGCUUCCAUGUAAAAGCCACCAGGCACUCUGACUGUACCUCGCCUGCUUCUUGUUAUUUAUUGCAAUAAACGUGGUGUGCACACGC